UUAAGCGAAACCCAAACGGCCGAAACCCAGGUUUUGGCUCCGGCGAUGGCGUGGACACGACUGAUUCAGAGCGCGAGAGCAGCUCUAGGGACAACGCACUCGAGUUCGACUCUUGGCCUCCCCAGAUUCUACUCCAAACCAGCUACUUAUUUCGUGAAGGUUGGGAUUCCAGAGUUUCUAGGCGGGAUUGGCAGAGGAGCUGAGACUCACAUUGCCAAAAUUGAAACUGAGAUUGGUGACCUUCAUAAGCUGCUUGUGACGCGUACCCUCAGACUCAAGAAGCUUGGCAUUCCUUGCAAACAUAGGAAACUUAUACUCAACUAUGGCCAGAAAUACAGGUUGGGGCUAUGGAAACCUAGAGCUGACGCUAUUAAGUCCUGAUCAAGUCUCUAUGUUGAACUGUGAGUCUCUCGACUGCUGGAAUAAGCUGUAGUACUUAAAUGGUCAUUGUCAAACCAUUUCAGUAUUGGACAAUAUAGACUGUAGAAGUAAUGUUGGUUUUUUAUGUUUACGCAAGUUACUUAACAAACCUAUUGAAAGUGUAGUAAGUGUGCUUUAAUUUACCUUGAGGAACCUAUAGGCGUAGUAACUUUUCUUUAUAUAUAUAUGAAAGGGGCUUCUAAUAAGCCUCCUCACUAUUUAAUUA